CCCAGUUGAGCUCUGAAAAGUUGGUGAAGUAGUGGCCGUGGCGAAAUCCAAGAUUAACCCGGAAAUUUGAAACGGGCCACACAUAUGGCUUUACCCGGUACUGAGAGAUUUGAAUUUUGGCAGAAAAUGCGUGGCCCGAACCAGGAAUUCUCGAUCGACAAUAAUCCAAGUGCCAUUUAGCAGUUAUGGGAAGUACACAAUUUGUACUCGUUUCCUUUCUGUUGCAAGUUUUAACAGAAUUGUUUUCAUCUGGAAAAAGACAUAUAAAUCAAGUGUUUGCAACAAAUUCACGACUGGAUAGAUUCAACUCUUUUGCUGAGAGUCAAAGUCCAAACCAUACAUCGAGGAUUUUAGUGUCAUAUACUUGGAAAAGAUCUUUUUCUUUUCUUACAAAGUCCUUAUUUACGUUAAAACUUGACAAAGAAUACAACAUCUAUAUCAAAGAGAAAAACAGAUUUGAGAAAGAGCAACUGAUAUUAUUCUAUUAUAAUGUCCAAUCAAGAGCCUUGGAAAGGUUCUGAUUCUUCAGAUGCAAACAGACCAGGGAUUCCAUCUCUUCAACAUCGUCAAGGAGCACCUGUUUUACCACCUCCAUCAUCAUUACCUUCUCAUUCGUCACUUGAAUCUGGUGGGUUUUAUUCACUUCCUUCAAUCAAUGUCGGUGGGUUGAGCAAUGCGUCCCACAACUUUGUGUUGAACCCAGCCAACAAUGGCAUCAAUCCACCUCCUCUAAAUUUUCAAGUCAAAUCCGAAGGUACCCUCCCAAGUCAAAGUCAAGCUGGUUCUUCUGCAACACCAACAACUUCUGCCUCCUCUCAACAACAACCACAACCUCAACAACAACAAGCUCACCAGGCUCAAAAUCAAGCUCAACAGCAACAGCAGAGCGCUCCAAAGCAACAUAGCGGCCCUGGUACUCCAAUGUCAGCUUACAGACCUUUGAACGUGAAGGAUGCACUUUCGUAUUUGGAUCAAGUUAAAGUCCAGUUUCAAAAUCGUCCAGACGUGUACAAUCACUUUUUGGACAUUAUGAAGGAUUUUAAAAGUCAAUCUAUCGAUACUCCAGGCGUUAUUGAUCGCGUUUCCACCUUAUUCAGAGGUCAUCCAAGUUUGAUUCAAGGUUUUAACACCUUUUUACCUCCUGGUUAUAGAAUUGAAUGCUCCUUGGAUCCAUCUGAUCCAAAUCCAAUAAGAGUGACUACACCAAUGGGAACAACUACACGUCCAGAAACAAAUUCAAACAUUGUUUUUGAACAACAACGUUGGCCAUCACAUUCUUCACAAUCUGGUAUACCCCAUGCCGCGGGUCAAAGUGCUCAAGGUUUACAAAUCCAAUCCCAAGGUGCUCAAGCUCAAGGUCAACAACAGCCGCAACAGCGCCAACAACCUCCUUCAGUGUCUCAACAACCACCUCAACAGCAACCACCUCAACAACUACCAGUCCAAGCUCCAAAUGAUCCUUACAGCCAUUAUGCUAAUCCUAAUCAGGAACAAUCUACAAUGUCCCAAUUGCAAGCUGCUGCUAAUAGAGGUAAUAGCAUCACUCAAUUAGGAGACAGAAAAUCUGGUGGUCCAGUUGAAUUUAAUCAUGCCAUUAGUUAUGUCAACAAAAUCAAGACUCGUUUUGCUAAUCAACCUGAUAUUUACAAACACUUUUUGGAAAUUUUGCAAACUUAUCAAAGAGAACAAAAACCAAUUGCUGAGGUUUAUUCUCAAGUAACUAUCUUGUUUCAAAAUGCACCAGAUUUGUUAGAUGAUUUCAAACAAUUUUUACCUGAUACAAAUGGACAAGCUGCUAAUGGUUCCGCCUUGUUACAACAAGGUAGUGACUGUUAUCAACAACAACAGCAACAACAGCAGCAACUUCAAGGACAACCUCAAUUACCUCCAGUGGGUAACUUUUCACCUCCAACAGCUGGUAAGAUGAAAAAAUUUGAAGUCACUAAUGAUCAAUUGGCAAAUUAUGAUGCUGGUAGAAUGGGCAACAAAGAUAUUCCAACAUCAAACUUACGUGGAUCCAUAUCAAUGGCACCAAAACGUAAAUUUAUUGAGGAAACCACACCAACAUUAGUUCCUGGUGUUCCUGAACCUGUUCAGCCUCCUCAUAAAACCUCCAACUUGAUUGAAGAGAUUGGGUUUUUUGAUAAAGUUAAAAAAGCUAUUGGUAGUAAACAAAGUUAUAAUGAAUUUUUGAAAAUCGUUAACUUGUUCAACCAAGAAUUGAUUGAUAAAGAUACCUUGAUAGAAAGAGUUGAAGGUUUUAUUGGUUCUCAUUUGGAUCUGUUUGAUUGGUUCAAAACUUUUGUUGGGUUUGAAGAUAAACCAUAUCAUAUUGAAAACAUCACACAUAAAAAACACCAAUUGGAUUUAUUAUUGUGUAAACCUUAUGGUCCAAGUUAUAGAAAAUUACCAAAAGCUGAAACUUAUAUGCCAUGUUCUGGUAGAGAUGAAAUGUGCUGGGAAGUUUUGAAUGAUGAAUGGGUCGGUCAUCCAACUUGGGCUUCAGAAGAUUCUGGUUUCAUUGCACAUCGUAAAAAUCAAUAUGAAGAAAUUUUGUUCAGAAUUGAAGAAGAGAGACAUGAAUAUGAUUUUUACAUGGAGGCCAAUUUAAGAACUAUUCAAACCUUAGAAACAAUUGCCAAUAGAAUUUCAAAUAUGACACCUGAAGAAAAAGCUUCAUUCAAAUUACCAAAUGGCUUGGGCCAUACUUCUCAAACUAUCUAUAAGAAAGUUAUCCGUAAAGUUUACAACAAGGAUAAAGGGUUUGAAGUUAUUGAUGCUCUACAUGAUAAUCCAUCAGUUGCUGUUCCUAUUGUGUUGAAAAGAUUAAAACAAAAGGAUGAAGAAUGGAGAAGAGCCCAUCGUGAAUGGAAUAAAGUCUGGAGAGAAAUGGAACAAAAAGUUUUCUUCAAAUCUUUAGAUCAUUUAGGUUUAACCUUCAAACAAGCUGAUAAAAAACUAUUGACCACAAAACAAUUAGUUUCUGAAAUUAGCACAAUCAAGUCUGAACAAACUAAUAAAAGAUUACAUCCACUGACACCAAAAGCUCAAAAACAAUUAGAUUAUGAAUUCACUGAUAUUGAGGUAUUGUUUGAUAUUUCCAAAUUGGUUUACGUGUUUUUGAACUCUGGUAGUUCAUAUUCUGCAAGUGAUAAAGAAAAAUUACAUGAGUUUUUCAAAUCAUUUAUUUCAUUGUUCUUUUCUAUCGAUUCACAAAUUACAGAAUCUGCAUUACAACAAAGACUUGCACAGGCUGCCAAUGGUGUUCCAAACGAAAAAGAAGGCUCUGAUAUCUCUGCUGCUUCAACUGCAUCCCCAGCCCCAACAUCAGAUUCAGAAAACAGUCGUAAACGUCAUCGUGAUACCAACUUGUUGAAGGAUGUUUUACGCAAAUCAAAACAAUUGAAAUCAAGACCGGAUGAAACUCCAGAAAACUCAAUUUCUCCAAGUCAUGACUCUGUUGCAAAUGGUGCAGCAGAAUUUGAAGAUGAUUCCAAAAAUGGCGAUGAAGACAUUGAUAUUAAUGAAUUCGAUUCAGGCUCUGAUACUUGGGUUCAAACAUCGCUUGGUGAAAAUAGAAAAGCAGAAGCUAUCAACGACAAACGCAAUAUCUUCAAUUUGUUUGGUAACACCAACAUUUAUGUUUUCUUCCGUCAUUUGAGAGUCCUAUACGAUAGAUUACUUGAAGUUAAAAACAUCAAUGAAGAAGUUACCAAUGAUAUCAAGUCUCGCUCAGAAGUUCAAUUUGCCAAAGACUUGAACUUGAUUUCAAAUCAACUUGAAGAUAUGGGAUUACAAUUUGCCAAAUAUGAUGCUUACUCUCAACUAUUGGCCUUUUCUGAAAGAGUUAUUGAAGGUGAUGUUGAGCAUCAAUGGUUUGAAGAAUCUUUACGUCAAGCUUAUCGUAACAGAGCAUAUAAGUUAUACACUGUUGAUAAAGUCACUCAAGCCUUGGUUAAACAUUUGCAUACUAUUGUUUCAGAUUCUCGUACCUCAGAGAUUAUGUUGCUAUUUGAAGCUGAUAGAAAAUCAAAGACCACAAGUGCAAAAGAUCAAAUCAUCUAUCGUAACAAUGUUAGAUCACAUAUGAGUCCAGAUGAGAAUAUGUUCAGAAUUGAAUUUGUUGAAGAUAAACAUCAUGUCUCCAUUCAAUACCUUGCCCUUGAUGAUUUGACUUUGACUGAUCACAAGACUGAAGAGGAUAAAUGGAAUUAUUAUUUGACUUCAUAUAUCAUUGCACAUCCAACUGAAGGUAUCAACUCAAGUGAUCUGAGAUUACCAUUCUUGAGAUCUUUGAUUACUGAAGAUGCUGAGGAUAAUGAUCUUGAAGGUUAUACUGAUUCCCAUAUGAAGAUCAAAAUUACAAGAGAUAAUUAUAAACUAUUUUUUGAACCAAAUUCUUAUGAUGAAUUUACUCGUUAUUCAGUCUUCAACCACCCUUCAAAGGAUAAAAAUAAAGGUGUUGAUGCUUUGAGCAAAAUUGUUGAUGAAAAGACUAGUUCUGUUCUUGGUGAAAAGAGAUUUGGUGGUGCUAAAGAUGUUUUUGAUGCCUUAGUUGAAGGACCUGAAAAAUUCAAGGAAGUUUCGAAAGCUAAAGAAGAAGAAGCUGCUAAAGAAAAAGAACAAGAAAAAUCUAGCAAGGAUGAUGUUGAUGUUGAUCAAACCAUCGAAGGUGGUGAUGAAACAAUUCCUGAAGUUAAGAAACCUGUCAAUCCAGCUAUUGCAUCUGUUAAAGAGUCUGAUGUUACUGUUGAUGCUGAUUCAACUAUUCCUCAAGAUGAUACAGAAGUUAGAGGUAAUGACACAACUACAGAGGAAAAUGUUGUAACAGAGGAUAAUGGUAAUACAGAGGAUAAUAAUGCCACUGAUACUACCAGUAUAAUAACAGAUCAACAAAAUGAAAAAUUAGCAGAGGUUAAGGAAGAAAGUAAAGAGGAAACUGAUAAAGAUGGUGAUGCAAAGAUGGAGGAAUAAAUUUUGUACUUUUAGAAUGUCUUAUUUGAUUUUAGUUUAGUGUUUUCAAUUUUUUGUUUUCUGAAGUUCUUGUAACAUUCAGUGAUGUUUAGUUAAUAUUUAUAUUAUAGUGUAAUCUG